UCUUGGGGACUUGGCAGUGUGUGCACGUGUCUAACGUAAAGAAUUUCGUGUUGUUCAGCUUAGAGAGUCUUAGAGAUUCGAGUCUCCUGUAGAGUGUACACCCAAUACCCAAUAUCAUAUUUGGCGAAGUUUCUGUCUUGUUUUUUUUUUGUGCCUCUGCUCUGUCUGGUUCAGUGUUUCAAUUUCCAGCCACGCUAAAAGAUCUCAGUGUCGGUGUCGGUCUGGGCUUGGAUUGUGAUCCGUGUGGUUCCUGUUGUGGUGUGUGGCAUAUUCCUGGCCAUUUCAGCCACGAACUUGAAAGGAAAGCAGCGCUCCAAGGAGACGACCAAGCGACUGUUACGUAGGCCAGCGAAAGGAAGCGGAAACGCGACUCCUGAUUGGCGGCUGGGCAGACAUCCAAGACAACGGCAACAACGGCGGCCAGAAUUUUCUCUCGUUUGGAUAGUGUCGAGGAGGUGCAACGCGGUCGCAGUGGCAGCGCUAUCGGAAUAGCACCGGCUGGCGGUGCAGCGGCAGGAGUGGGACCAGGACCAGGAGCGGGCGUAGGAGGGGGUGUGGGAGUCGGAGUUGGAGUGGGUGGUGGUGGUCCAGGUUCAGGUGCAGUGGCAGCGGCAGCGGUGGCAGCGGGUUCACCAGCCAGGGCUGGCCAGCAGCAGCAGUUUGGAGGCGGAGGUCUGGGCGGAGGUGUGGCUGCUGUCGGUGUGGGUCUGGGAGCGGGACCGGGAACGAUUGCGUCACGGCAGCGGAGCGCCAGCACGGUGCUCGACAUAAGCCUAGCGGAGCGCAGCAAGGUCUCCUCCAUCGGGGGCCCGCCCUCUCCGCACGUGAGUCUUCUCAAGCGAGGGUCUCUCUACCCCGGCGGUGGUGGUGGUGUCGUGAAUGGACUCGGCCUUGGCGAUGCGGCGGUGAUUCAAACGAAAUGCGACACAUUUAAUGGAGUGGCAUUGGGCGUCGGCGUUGGAGUCGGUAUCGGUAGCGGUGUGGGCGGUGUGGGUGUGGGCGCUGCCUCAGGUGUGGGAUUAGGAACAGGAGCUGGAGCUGGACAACGCGGACGUCUAUCAUCUCUUUCAUCAUCAUCAUCCCCCGCGAGUGUACCAGGUGCAACACUCGGGGAUCCAUCAGUUGCUGGAGGAGGGGCCGGAUCUGCCCCAACCAUCGGCAGCGCGCCCGUACAGCCGGGCCCGAAGCGACAGGGCAGCUUCUCGAAUGUAUUCUCGAAGCUAAUCGAUGGUAUGCCCGCUGGCACAAUGUUUGCCAAAUUCAAAAGCACCAACGUGGCCGCAGCCACCACGUCGCAGAGUGUCGCCGAUGGCAAUCCCAUUACGCAGUACUUUGAGAUUGGCAAGCCGGUGGCUUGUGCCGGGCCAGAGUUGGCCUGGCGCAUACACGAUGCGUACCGCAAAAGCGACAACAAGGAAUGCUCGGUGUUUAUUUUCGAGAAAAAGGUUGCGGAGAAGCUGCACAAGCCGCGUCGCAAGGAGACCAUAACCGAGCUGCUCAAGAGCUCGGUGAAGACACUAGAACGCUUUCGCCAUCCCAGAAUACUCCAGAUCUAUCACACCGUAGAGGAGAGUGCGGACACCCUGGCCUUCGCCUCGGAGCCCAUCUUUGCCAGCCUCUCGAAUGUGCUGGCCUUCCAUGAGUCGAAGACCUAUGACAAUGCGAAUGUGGCAGCUGCUGGUGGAGCGGGCGCCGGAGUGGGUCCGGCCCAGACACAGGGGCCGGCGGGCGUCCAGCCGCAGCGGCCCGCUCAUGCAAAGGAAUACAGCUUCUUGGACAUGGAACUCAAAUACGGCUUUCUUCAGCUGACGGAGGCCCUGGCGUAUCUUCACUAUUCCGGUCACGUAAUUCAUCGAAAUGUGUGUCCAUCCUCUGUACUAAUAACUAAACGCGGUAUAUGGAAGCUAGCUGGCAUGGAGUAUGUGGAAAGAAUGAAUGAGACUGAUUUGAAUAGCUCAAUUCCGUGUCCGCCGUGGAGUAACAGGGUAUCAAAGAUGGCCCAGCCGAAUCUGGAUUUUAUGGCACCCGAAACACAGUCAACGUCCAAGUGCAGUCUGCUCAGCGAUAUGUUCUCAUUGGGAAUGGUGAUCUGUGCUGUAUUCAACAAUGGCAGGCCCCUGAUACAGGCCGGAAACUCCACCUCCAACUAUGCCAAGCAAAUGGAAACGUUGGAUGAUAUGGUCCACAAGUUGAUGCCUCGUCUGCCCAUUGCCCUGCAGGAGGCCACUUCGCGCAUGGCCAGUCGGGAUGCAACGGCCCGGCCCACCGCCCAGCUUCUGCAGUUGAUCAAGUACUUCAUCGAUCCGGCUAUAAAUGCUCUCAAGUUCCUGGACGUGGUCAACAUGAAGGACACGCAGCAGAAGUCCCAGUUCUACAAGACCACCUUGAUAGAGGCCAUGCCGGUGAUACCACGUAAACUUUGGUGGCAGACCAUUUGGCCAAUGCUCAAGUCGGAGAUCAACAAUAACGAGGUCCUGGCCGCAGUCCUGCAGCCCGUCAUGCUCUUUGUCCAGGAAGCCACGCACUUCGAGUACGAUGCUUUGAUGUCCGCCACAAUGAAAAUCGUCUACAAUACACCGAAAUCCAUUCAGGCAAGCGUUACGAUACUUGAGAAUUUGCAUUUGAUUAUUGAGAAGACGAAGCCGGAGGAUGUUACCACAGACAUAAUGCCGAUGCUAUUCUGCUCCUUCGACGGAUCCACGAUACAAGUGCAGAGUGCCGCCGUUGUGGCUGUGGCCAAUGUCUUUGACAGCAUCGAUGAGCUCUCCAUUCGCCGCAUGGUCCUGCCCAAGGUCAAAUUGGUAUUCGAGAAGAACAUUACUGAUCCGAAGAUAGUGCAGAAUGUGCUCAUGUGCAUUGAGCGAGUAAUGGACCGCAUGGAGCGGGCACAGGUCAUGGAGGAGGUCCUACCGCUGCUGGCCAAUAUACGCAUACCCGAUCCGGAUAUCAUCAUGCGUACUGUGCGCAUCUAUCAUAAGCUGUUUGUGGACAAAUCAUACGGCCUGAGCGUGGAGACCAUGGCCACCAACGUGCUGCCUCUGCUCAUACCGCACACCGUAAAUCCGGCACUCAAUUUCGAACACUAUUGCUAUCUGCUUGAAGUACUGCAGCAGAUGCUGGAGGCCAUCGAUCGACAGCAGCGGAAUAAAUUGAAGCUGGACAACCUGUCGAUGGCCUCGCCCGAGCGACACCGGACACUGCGCCACCAAUUCUCAACGGACAACAUGAACGCGCCGCCCUUCAACAUCCCCAACCUGCGCAUAGAUCAGCGCAAGACCUCUAGUGCCGAGGACAUGGCCCGUAAGAACUCUGGCGGGUCUGGAAUGCUGGGUGGCUGGUGGUUCGGCUGCUCGCCAUCGUCGCCGGAUAGCAAUUUCCUGCGCGUUGGGAACGUGUUCCCCAAUCGACGGCUCUCGGACAACACGCUGAUGACACCCAAGAUCCGCAUCGCGCCCUCGUGCGCCUCAUCGCCGGGCGGCACGCCGGGCAGCGGCCUACCGACGCGACGCCACUCAAGCAUUGGGCCACAGGAGCGCCGGGGCUCCGCCAUCAAUUUGUCGCCGCCAACUUACGGUGGUGCCCGCGGUAGCUCUGGAUCGAGUCUAUCGGUGCCCUCGACUUCGGUAUAUGUUAAAUCUCCUUUAUUGUACUCCCAAAAACAGGGUGGCUCCAUGCCGAACACCUCGAGCAGUGUUCCGUUCUUGUUGUCGUCGAGCAUGCAGUCGAUAAGGUCGCGCCGACAGUCGACGGUUCUAUCAUCGGGUCCUCUCGGCUCUGGAUCGGGCAUACUGCAGCAGCUGGGAUCCGGCAUGGUAAGACAAUUAACUUCCGUAUCCGGCACGGUUAGUCCGGUGCCGCUGUUGCGGGUGAAUGGCGCGCGCAACAGCAUCAGCCACAGCCACACCAACGUCCGAAAGUGUCCGUCACUCAAUAUCACAUUCAGUCAAUAAUAUAACCUGAACGAAAUCGGCGGGGCCCAGCCCCCCGCCGAUUCGCUCAGAUUCGGGUACGUCAAUCCAAGCGCCAGCAACAGCAGCAGCUACCAUUACGGCUACAAUUACAAUCAGAAUCUCAACAAUGUGCGCUACACAGCUGCACAGCUGCAGAACAUGAAUUUUAAUCUUAAACCACCGCCAAAGUUUUGAAUCUCUAAGAACUGAAUCGAAAACUGAAUGGAAAUAAUGUUAUAGAUCGAAAGCAAAGCAAAAUCGAAUAAAACGUUGUAUUUGCAAGUGGGGGCAGAGGGUAAAAUGAAGCAAACAAUCAAUUAAAUUACAUUGCAUUACCUACAAUAUUAAUGAAUGAAUGUACCUACCAUACUACUAUGAGACCUACUAUGGCCUAGACAUACAUACGUAAUAAUUACAUACAGUUGAUGCUAAAAGUAAACCAAAAACAAAACAAAACAAAAUAAUUAUAUCAAUUAUAUAUUUACUUACAUACUCUAUAUAUAUACAUACAUAUAUACAUAGAACGAGUAAAGCUGUUUUUUUGAAGAAUUUAUUCAAGUCCUAUAUAUUUGUAUGUACCAUAAAUGUUAAUGUUGGAAACAUAUCCGAAGUCGUAACAAAGUUAUAUCUAUACGUACCACAUAGCCCAAUUGGAAACUUAAUAUUAUCAUUAUUAUUAUUGUUAUUUCUAUUGAUUGUUGAUUAUGAUAUCGUAUAUGAUCGUACCUCUUACCUGUACCUGUACCUGUCCCUGUCUCUCUACCUCUACAUUUAUUUUUUAACAAAGACAACAAGAACACCUAAAACCAUCUUCCAAAGACAUUUCGAUCUGUCGAAGAUCGAUUAUCUAUUUUAGUUCGAAAAAAACUAAAAAAAAAAUUGAGAGAGCUCCAAGUCCUCACCAACAAACAUGCACACUAGUGCCAAUAUCCGAUAUUUAUUCAAGUACAGUGUGUAUGUUAGUUUUUAUGUGCGGAACGUGAUGUUAAUGUUUUUUUUUUUAAUAGUAUACCUUAUCAUUGUCGUCCUGGUAAACGUAUUUGAAAAGAAAUCACAUAGUCAGUUUCGAUGAUUAGAUCAUAAGUCCCCAUAAGUAUGAAUUUAUCGGAUUAAUGUUGGAAUUAAAUACACGCCCCGCCCUCCCCACCCGCUCACCCACUCACCCGGUCAGCCAUUCUCAUAAGGCGAAAGUUAUACUAUAUGAUAGUCGUACAACUUUAAGGACCAACCAAUAAGUUUUAAGAGCUGAUUUCCAUUAGGAUACAUCGGUAUUUAUUUUUUUAAUUUUAGUAUUUCCCUCUUUUUCUUUUGGUAUUUGAAUACUAUUUUUGUUUAGUUUCCAUUGUUUUUUUUUUGCAUUUUGCAUGAGUUGUUUGCUUGCCAUUUAUUUCAUAACGCCCUACUUGAGUAGUUAAGGAGAUUCCAGGCAAUGUGCCCAAAUUUGAUCAAAUAUUUAAUAUUUGAAGCUCAAUCCAAGCCCAUAUGCAAAGACUCAAGAUACUACUAAAACUAUAUUCAAAACUGAGCUGAGAUCAAUGUACAUAUGUAAAUAUGGCUGAGACUAGAAGAGAAACUUGAACCUUUGCUACGGGUAUGACCUUUAUAUGUAUAAUUGGUGAAGCGAUACAGAACUAUCCUAGAACUUAAACUGAAGUAAAAGAUAGUCAAGAUACAAAUAAACGACCAGUUAAAAAUGCAUGCUAUUUAUAUGGAAUAUAUGUAUCUGUACUUUCAGUUUGUGGUUGUUCCUGCUUUUACCUGGGGACGAUCGUCCCUCGGGGCUAUGACUAUUGCAUAAUUGUGGUGUUCUGCUCCUAUGUGUAUUGUAUUUGUACUACUUGACUUGCCAUUUUACUUUCUGCCCAUCUGAACUGCACAAUAAAUAUUUCGGAAAUACAACAACAAAAGGAGAGAAACUAUCGAAAAUAUCGAAGCUGAAAAAGCCAACUAAAACCGAACCGAACCGAACCAAGCUGAAGAUAGCAGCAGCUGAAGAUAGAGAUAUUGUAUGAUAUACAUAUAUAUACAUAUAUAUAUAUAUAUAUAUAUAUAUACAUAUUUACUUGAUUGUAUAUAUACUUGAUUGAUUGACUGACACUGAAGGCUUUAGAGGGCUGCUACCAACUAUAAAGCUACGAACCUAUAUGAAUCUGAUCUAUAAAUCUAUACCAAAUCUAUCAACCGACUUACCAGCUGUUGAUACGCAUUUGUAUUUGUAUUUCAACUACUACUCUACUAUUACUAUUAAGACAUUGCGAAUUUAUUGUAACUGUUAAUUGUAUUGUAUAUCUAAUGCUAAUGCUUCGCCUUUGUUGCACAGUCAGUGUUGUUCCCCCAUAUAUAAAAACAAUACAACCCCGCCGUCCCCAAAAAUCCCACCAACCCGCUGUAUCUAUACCUAGCACUUCAGAUUUGAGUUUGUUUUUUUUGGUUUUUAUUUUGCUUUCGCUGUUUCAUUCCUACUGUAAGUUGUACUUAUAAUUAUGAUUAUUAUUACUUCGAAAUGUGCCUUAAGAGUUCAAAAGUUCUCGCUUUCUGAGUCUGCGACAAAGAUCUAAAAAGAUCUACUAUCAACAAAAAGAGAUCGCCAAGAGUAACUACUAAACGAACCCAUAUUUGUGGUUGAAUGUAAGUCGCCUGGAGGAAAGGUCUCCCCAGUAGAUACUCCCACCCCACCCGCCCCCUCCAAAGCUCACUGCAGUCCACACUAAUGCCCACACUCAUCCACAAUUGUACCUUAGUAGUAGUUCUGUAGACACUCAUCAGACCCACAACACAUCCAUCCAUUAAUCCAUCCAUCCAGUGAGAGCCAAACACACACACACACGCAAACAUACACACACACACACACACAUAAGUACUAAAAAGAGUUUAAACUGCUCUUAGAUAGAUGUCCGUAGUUUGCAUUGUACUCGUAUGAAAAAAGUUUAACCCAACAGAUCCCAGAAGAUCCAGAUAUCCAGCAAAGGAUCCCCGAGCCGAUCGAGUGCAUGACCCAACCCUCCAAUUAUCCCUUAAAACUGAUGUCUAUGUCUAUCUAAAUUUUUUUUUUAAAUAUAUAAUUGUAAUAAUAUAAUAAUAACUAUCAUAUGUGUAAUAAUGCUCCCCAGUUUCUCUCUCCCUGUCUACAAUUUGUUGGUGUAUUUUCCUGUAAUUCGUAAAACCCGUAAUAUCGUAACAUCCGCAUCCGUAUCCGUAACUUUAACGGAUCGGUAUGUAUGUGAGACUAGCAGCAACUGAUCCCAUCUUAAUCGUAUUUGCCCCGUUUUCGUACCCAUAUACGUAUCCGUAUCCGUAGAUAGAUAAUAAUCCCCAAAUAAAAAUACCAAUAGCACCGUAAUAUGUAUUUUAAAAAUCGUGUGAAACAACCAGAUUGAUGGCCUAAUUAUCUUGCAACAACUCUAUUACAGUAUCAACUAUUCUCCGGACGUAACUAAAGAAACGAAAACAGAAACAGAUAAAUACCAUUCAAAAGAAUCUAAUUACUUUUCAAUGCAAUUUCGGUCCAGUAAUCAACUUAUAUUAGCGUUAUACAGAUAUUAAAUUGUAAACGUAAACCAAGAGCAAGGCAAGCUUAAAUAUGUAUUUCACUCGAAACUCUAAAUGUUAUUACUAGCCAAAAUCCAAUUUGAUGUGACCAAAGAGCGCAACAAUGCUCGUAAUCUUAUAAUCGAAAAUACUCGUACCAAGAAUAUCACCAAGGAAAACCAAUUUUAAAAUAAUUUAUCCAAAUGAUGAAAUGAAAAAUGAUGAGUGUCAAACACAAUCAAACAAAAUGAAACACAACACAACACACACUCACGAGUACAUUUUGAUGCCAUAGAGAACCCCUACAAAGAAAAAACACAAUGCCAAAUGCAAUCAAUUCGUAGAAACUCUAACAAUACUUGGAUAUAUUUAUCAUACUUAUUAUACAAUAUGUUUAUGAUAGGCAAAAGUACUUAGCCACUUCCUUUAUGUGUCAUACAAAUACUACCUACAUACCUAUAACAUAUGAAUAUUUUUCGAAUUAUUUAGAGAACAUGAAUAAUCAAGCCAAAUCAUUUAGCAUCAACAUCUCAGCCUCAGACAGAUGGAACUUCGGACCACCGAUGAGAUGCGCUUUUCCAAAACAAAAUCUCUCCAAUGCAAUAUUAUUCAUAAGAAUUGCCAAGAAUUUCCUUCAGAUCUUAAUUAUUUCGUAUAUUUAGACCUUCUCUUUUGAAGGGCGACAUCAGGUCAUAUCGCUUAUACAUACAUACAUACACACAUAUAUAAAAAACCUCACAGAUAUUAAUACAUACAUACUCGUACAUACAUACAUAUAUACUCGUAUUCGUAUAAAAAAUAAAUCGUGUACCUAGGAGUGUACCUAAAAAUCGGCACAAGCAAAAUCAAACUUAUCUCAGAGCUUUACAGCAGAAGCAAUCAAAAUGAAUAUACAAUACAUACAUAUGUACGUGCAUAAAUAACCAUGUUAAAAGGGAAAGGGAGAAACAGAAGAGUUUAUUUAUAAUCCAGAAUCGUGACCCAAUUUAUCUCACGCUUUCAAGUAAUGAAUCUCUGUACAUCAAAUCAUGAAUUCCAUAAAAUACAAUACAUAAUACUCGUACACUCUGUCCGCACCCCAAAACUACUACUAAGGUAAAUACUACACGAUAUCCAGAACAAAAACAAAAACAACAACAAAAAAAAUACGAAAUGUCCACUCCGCCACAACCAUGAAACCGAAACCCGAGCCUGAAACAGAACCAAAACCUGAACAAAUUUUGUCUGAAUCCCAAAUCUAUAGUCAAUUUGUAUCGUUGGGCAGGGCAUUGAUAAAUCAGCAACUACAAAUAUGUAUAGUGCAUAUAUAUAUUAAUGGUAAAUGGUAAACUCUUGAAUCUUCAUAGUACUCAUAAAUGAAUACAUUACAAUUAUCAUUGUUGUGGUAGCUUUAGCGGAAUCGAGAUGGAAAACCAAAUAUGAAUUUAUAUAUGUAUACAAGAGAGAAGGUAACCAAGACGAACUCUACACAGAACACGCUAGAACUUAUAUAACUUUAUAUCGUAUAUACUCGUAUGUAGUACUACUAUGCUCUGAACGACACGAACGGGAACGGGACAAUCAAAAUUCUACCGACACGACAUGCUUUUCAUUUUGAUAAUUCAAAUCAUUCUGUUGUCCAUCAUCUGUUAUGUUGUUGUUGUCGUUAUGUUUGCCCGAUCCUCCACUCUUUUUUGGGGGAUUCGAGCUUGUGCACCUGAAUUUGAAGUCUCUGUUGCUUUUUGUUGAGUCUGAGUUUUGAUUUUUAUUGAUUUUAACGUUCGAUCUACGGAUCUUAGACAAGGCAUAUCGAUAUGGUUUACGGUUUACUAGGACUUAAUCAUAUGUAUACAUAAAUUAGAUUAACUUAAUUUUAAUUAAUUUAAACUAAACAAAAACAAUCCAAAAAAAAAGGGGAAAACUAAAAGCUCAAACUGGACUGAACUGAACACUUAAGAGUUAUAUUAUGUGUACAUUAUUGAAUAUUGAAUUGCAUUUGAUUGUGUGAAAAUACAUACAUACAUAAGUUUAAUGAGAACACUAAUGGUAAUAUUAAAGGGUAUUAUAUGUAUAUGUAUUUGUAUUUGUCGUAUAUUUGAAUGUAACUCUGAUUGUGUGUAUGAUCAUCCUCUUCGGUUAUCCUCUAAACUAUAUAAUGGAAAACCAACUCUGUCUCUUGUGAUCUAUUGUGAUGCUAUGAGAGUCAAGCAGCACUCAACUGUUUUUAUGCCUCUUAAAGUUUAAAACAAAGCAAAACAAAAAGCAAAACCAAAACUAAAACUCUAUUCUAACUCUAGUCUAUGACGAACUUACAAAUUGGCAACAAGAUUUAUUGAAAUUGAAAACAAUCAUGCACAAUAAAUGUUUGGCUAGACCCGAUGUUGAGGCCAUGUUAAGACCCAGCUCUUUUUCAUAUACUCGUACUUACACUACUUGAAGUAAUUGUGUACUAAAGGAAUUCUAGAUUUUAAAUGUGCUUCAACUGUUUAUAGUAAAGUACUUAAUUAUGGGUGUAAUUAUCUAAUAUCUAUGCGUACUCGUACAAUGGUUAGGAAUACAUAUGUAUAAUCAUGUGGGAUAGAUGGAUUUAAUGAUGGAAUGG